UCUUCAUCAUUCUUACAAAAUUGUUUCCACGCAAAUAUACAUUCUCAGUCUUUCAUGCUUCCAUAAUAUUCACAUUAUUAGUUCUUUCAUAUAUUAAACAUAAGUUAUAUUUAUGGCUCUAAAUCGUCCAUUUAUGAUUACUCUCUAUUGGGGUGGCAAUGUUGAAUAUGAGAAUGGAAUCAUCAAGGGCGACGAAUCAACUAUGUCUGCUUCAGACAUUAUUAGGCAAAAAAUACGGCUUCAAACCCUGAUACAAUUGUCAAGUGGUUUCAUAACCAAAAUAGCUCAUCACAAGUGGCAAAAUUCAAAUAUAUUUUUUGGGCUUUUGGACCAGCUAUUAAAGCAUUUCAUUUGUGUCGCCCUGUAAUUUCUAUCGAUGGUGCUCAUUUGAAGGGUUCUUACAAAGGAAAAUUGCUUGUUGCUGCUUCAAAAGAUGCUAACAAUAAUAUAUUACCAAUUUCUUAUGCCAUUGUUGACGAGGAGACAGUUCAUAGUUGGUGUUGGUUUUUGGGUCAUUUUAGAAAUUUUGUUGCUCCAAAUAGACAAUUAUGUGUUCUUUCUGAUAGGCACAAAGGAAUCAUUCAUGCAAUGGAAAAUCUAGAGGAGUGGAAAGAGCCAUUAGCAUACCAUCGUUUUUGUCUGAGGCAUGUCAGAAGUAAUCUCAUGAAAAGGUACAAGAAUGUAAACCUUAAAAAAAUUUGUUGGUCUAUGGGUAGCACCACACAAAAAAGGAAGUUCACUAAGUAUAUAAGGGAAAUAAAAGCAAUCAAUAGAGAAGCUUGGCAGUAUUUGAGGGAAAUUAAAAGAAGUCAAUGGUGUCUUUUAUAUGAUGAAAAUCACCGAUUGGGUUUCUUAACGACCAAUAUCUCUGAGAGUAUGAACAAUGCAUUACGAGGAGCGAGACAAUUGCCAAUUAGGGCGUGUAUUGACCUUACAUUCAAUAGAACUGUGCAACUUUUCAGAAAGCAUAGUGGUAUUGCAAUGAACUGCAUUACACCUCUACCAAAAUGUAUGUGGCGUCUCUUUCUUAAACGUGACACUCGUGCACAAAGUCAUGUUUUAUCUGAGUUUCACUACAAUGAACGUGUUUACAGAGUUGUCACAAGGUCACAGAUAAAUGGAACCGGAGGAAAUACACAUACUGUUAAUUAUUUUCAACAUAUGUGUACUUGUGGUAAGUGGCAAAUGGAGAGAUUUCCAUGUUCACAUGCACUUGCAGUUUGUCGGAAUAGAGGGGACAACCCUCUUUCCAUUGUGAACAAUGUGUACACUACUAUGACAUACAUACAACAAUAUAAUUUUGGGUUUGUACCACUUCCUCAUGUUGAUUAUUGGUUGGAUUCAAACUGGACGAUUGAAGCAGAUUACUCAAAACUUUCUGUUCAUCGAGGACGAAGGCGUGCAAAUCAAAUUCAUAAUGAGAUGGACAUUCGUCAUCCUGAUGAACCUCAUAGAUGUACACUAUGCCACCAGCCAGGUCAUAAUAGAAGAAAUUGUUCAAAUUCUCAACCAAGAUUCAAUGAGUAGUAAACUAUGUUUUUGUUUUAUUGUGUUGUAAUUUCAUGUUUCAUUGAUCUUGUAUUUCCUAUGUGAUUUUGUAUUAUGAUUUUUAAAUUUUAGUAAUGUAAUCUUAGUUAUGUGUUUUCUUA